GAGAGAGGAACAGAGAGAGAGAGAGAGAGAGAGAGAGAGAGGCACACACGAAACGCAAACUUCCAACUCUCCCAUGUGGAAAGCAGAGGUUUGAAGAUAAGGUGUAUUUUUUUUUCCUCUCCGGGGCUCCAUUCCUCCCCCCUUCUCUCCCUCUCUUUCUCUCUCUCAGUGCUUUUGCCCGGAUAUUUGUGUUUCUAUGAGAGUCUUGCUCGGCGAGAAGAGAAGUUUGGUUGUUUGCCUGGUCGGCUGAGGAGGAGGAGGAGAAGAGUCGGGUUAAAAGUAGGGGGAAGAUGGUCCACAACGCCGCUUGGAGAAGAAGCUUGCUAUGCGUCCUGGCGCUCAGUCUCGGCUUUGCGUCCCCGCCGUGCAAAGCUCGGAUUUACACCAACCACUGGGCAGUCAGGAUAGCCGGGGGACCCGAGGUGGCCGAGCGGAUAGCGGAAAAAUAUGGCUAUAGGAACAUGGGACAGAUUGGAGAUCUCAAAGACCACUAUCACUUCUUCCAUAGUCGGACUAUCAAGAGGUCGACUUUGUCCAGCCGUGGUCGCCAUAGUUUCAUCUCCAUGGAGCCCAAGGUGGAGUGGAUACAACAGCAGGUGGUGAAGAGGAGGAUCAAGAGGGAUUACAAACCAGCCCCGCCCCUUUCCCUGUCCAGCCCCGCCCAGAGCAGCCCGGCCCAAAACAACAUAUUCUAUAAUGACGCCAAGUGGAGCAGUAUGUGGUACAUUCACUGUAAUGAUGAUGUCCAUAAUUGCCAGUCGGAUAUGAACAUCAUGGGGGCGUGGAAGAGGGGCUACACGGGUAAAGACGUGGUGGUGACCAUACUGGAUGACGGCAUCGAGAGGAACCAUCCGGACCUCUUUCAGAACUACGACCCUCAAGCCAGCUAUGAUGUAAACAGCAAUGAUGUGGAUCCCAUGCCUCGAUAUGACGCAACCAACGAAAACAAACAUGGAACACGAUGUGCGGGUGAAGUCGCUGCAGCUGCAAACAACUCCCACUGCAUUGUGGGAAUUGCCUACAAUGCCAGAAUAGGAGGUGUGCGAAUGCUGGAUGGAGAUGUAACAGACAUGGUGGAGGCCCGGUCUCUGAGCCUCCACCCGCAGCACAUUGACAUCUACAGUGCCAGCUGGGGACCUGAUGAUGAUGGAAAGACUGUGGAUGGACCAGCAUCUCUGGCCAGGCAGGCCUUUGAGAACGGCAUCCGCACGGGGAGGAAGGGCCGCGGCUCCAUCUUUGUCUGGGCUUCAGGUAACGGCGGGCGCAGCAGAGACCACUGCUCCUGUGACGGCUACACCAACUCCAUCUACACCAUCUCCAUCUCCAGCACGGCCGAGAGCGGACGCAAGCCCUGGUACCUGGAGGAAUGCUCGUCCACGCUCACCACCACCUACAGCAGCGGCGAGAACUACGACCGAAAGAUUAUCACGACAGACCUGAGACAUCGAUGUACAGACAGUCACACAGGGACAUCGGCCUCGGCUCCCAUGGCUGCUGCCAUUAUUGCUCUGGCCCUGGAGGCAAAUCCUAUUCUGACCUGGAGGGAUGUUCAGCACAUCAUUGUAAAGACCUCAAGAGCCGGACAUCUCAGUGCUCCUGACUGGAAGACUAAUGCUGCUGGUUACAACGUCAGCCACCUGUACGGCUUCGGCCUGAUGGACGCCGAGGCGAUGGUGAAGGAGGCGGAGCGAUGGAAGCAAGUCCCUGCUCAGCACGUCUGCGUGGAGAGCGCUGACCGACAAAUCAGAACCAUCCGUCCAGAGCACGUGGUCCGGUCGGUGUACAAGGCGACAGGAUGCACCGACAACCCCAACCACCACGUGAUCUACCUGGAGCACGUGGUCGUACGCAUCACCAUCACACACCCUCGCCGUGGAGACCUGUCAAUCAACCUGACUUCACCCUCAGGGACCAAGUCUCAGCUGCUUGCCAACAGGUUGUUUGAUCACUCCAUGGAGGGUUUUAAGAACUGGGAGUUUAUGACCACCCACUGCUGGGGAGAGAAGGCAGCAGGCGACUGGGUCCUAGAGAUCUAUGACUCACCUUCUCAACUCCGCAGCCAGAAAGUACCUGGCAAACUGAAGGAGUGGUCGCUGGUGCUGUACGGCACCUCUGUCCACCCGUACUCGUCUCUGCACAUAGAUAAGCCUCGCUUCACAGACUUGCUGACGUCCACCGAUGAGGACGUACCAGAGGAGUACAACGGUCCCUGUGACGCUGAAUGCAAUGAGAACGGCUGUGAAGGUCCCGGACCCCAUCACUGCAUUAACUGCCUCCAUUACUUCCUCAAGUUCAAGAACAACACCAGGAUGUGCGUGUCCGAGUGCCCCAGCGGUUUUUUCCGUGACGAUAGGAAGCGCUGCAAGAAGUGCUCCUCCUUGUGCGAGACCUGUGUUGGAAGUCGCAGCGACCAGUGUACCACAUGCAGGACUGGUUUUCACCUCAACGAGGGCUCCAACACGUGUGUCGCCACCUGUGCCGACGGCUUCUACCUCGAUAGUGAUUCCAACAUUUGCAGGAGAUGUCAAGAGAACUGCAAGAAGUGUGCGAGCUCCAGUGUCUGCACAGAAUGUAAACCUGGGAUGAGUCUUCAAGGAAACAAGUGUCAGAUGACCUGCGACCCAGGAACUUAUUACAACGGCCACAGAAGGGCCUGUGAAUUCUGUCAUCGGGCCUGUGCCACCUGCGCAGGCACAGGUAUAGAAGCAUGCACUAAGUGCUCAGACGGCUACUUACUUGAGGAUUGGCGCUGUGUGGCAACAUGCAGCUCCGGCUACUACCUGUCAGAGCAGACCUCAGACAGCGGGCCGAUGCAGAGGUUCUGUAAGAAGUGUGACAAUAGCUGCUACGAGUGCUUGGGGCCCGGAGAAAGAAACUGCAGCAGCUGUGUCAGUGGUUACAACCUGGAGGCAGGAGCCUGCGUGGUCAGCACCAUCUGCAAAGAUGCAAAUGAAGAAUCUUGGGCGGAAGGCAGCUUCUGCGUGCUUGUUAAAAAGAACAAUCUUUGCCAGAGGAAAGUGCUGCAGCAACUGUGCUGCAGAACGUGCUCGCAAAAGGGGUGACGGGACGUAGUCACUGGGCGUAAAGGGAGUGCAGGGGGGAUGUGGGGGCACAGGGGGCACCCCUCCUUCUCAAACCCCCUGCCCACUCAUUCAUAGUCACAUAAUUUAUAAGAGAAUCUGUGCCUCUUAAAGGGACUGCAUCGGAGGUGCGAUGACAGGACUACAACAAACCUACCUUUUUUCUGUACUGGGACACACACACGUGGUCAGGGUGUAAAAUGACUGGGACUUACUUCAAGAACAAAUGAGCAAAUGAAAAACAAAAGUGAAAACAAACAAAAGAAUAAAAGUGUCGGUAUUUUGUGACCAAAGCAUUGAUGCCAAAAUAAUUGAACCUUCUUUUUUUGUUGCCAGUGUAGGAAGCAUAGCUAAAAAAACAGGAGCCACUCAGCCUGUGAAUCUCUGAAUACGUCUGUGUGCAUUUUUAUUUUGGCUCCUCUUCCUCCUCUCUUUCCAGCGUUAACGAUAAACAGAUGGAAAGUGAACAUACAGUAGGAAAGGCCAUGGUUUUCUGCCUGUAAAUAUACGUCAAAGGAGAGAGAGAGAAGAAAAAAAAAAAAAAGAAGCUCACUCAGUAAUGUGAAAAUAAUGUGUGUCUGGGCUGACUUUUGGCUGUUUAGGGGAGAGAAGACAAAUUCACACACAUUUAUAUACACUUACCACACACAGGCACUUAUAAACAUGAACUCAGACACAUAAAUCAGCCGCCACUUGAAGUUACAGACACCACAGUGUCACUGUAUGCCAAGACUGAUGCACGUUACUGACCAAAAUCACCUCAUUUCAUUUAUUUAAAACACAAACCUGCCCUCUGAAUCGUGUGUGUGCGUUUGUCUUUAUCGGUGUGUCCAGGAGAAUGCCAUUAAUUCUUGAUGUAAGCCCAGACAGCAUUGAUUCAUUCAAAAGGUACUACAAGACGAGUCGAUAGUCAUUCCUUCCAGAUCUUUCUGCAGGGAAGGAAACACUGCAGUGAGUUAUAAUGAAUUCGUGGUACUAGGGAUGUACCGAUGCCAAUUUUUCACUCAUGAUGAACAUUCUAGAUACUAAACUUUUGCCCAAAACUGAGUAUUGAUUCCAUCCAUUACUGUGACUAAAGAUUUAAAGCUCCUCCAUUCUUUUGUUGUCACUGGAUAAAGUAAUCGAACUAUAACUCACAUUUGUUACAGGGAUAUGAAAAUCUUUUUUAUAUGUUGGUUUCCACAUGCCAUAUAUAACCCCGCUUAAGGGAAUUUUUUUUUUUUUUUUGUCCAAGGAUGAUAUUUUAUCUGUAUCGGUGCAUCCCUACAUGUUACUGUUCUCAAAUAAAAUAGAGUUUUAGAAGUUUCUACUCUGCGUCAUUCCAUUAUAAUGGCAAUGCAUAUCAACUGAAGAACUGCGCUACACUUUGAACACAGAAGGUCAACGUUUGGCACAAAAAAAAAUAUUCUGUUGUUAUCAUCUGCAGGGGAAAGUCUCUGACAGGCAGCAAAGAGCUCUGCUGAUCUUGCUUUCAGUUAUUUCCGGAAAAAGUAUUUUUUGUUGAAAAUUCAGACAUAAGAAACACAUUUGGCAGCAGAAAAAAACAAAAUUGGACAACACACACAAUGAGGCAAUAAUUCUCCCGUUAUAAUAGUCGAAACUAAAAGUGAACCUGCAGAAUCAGGAGUUGUGUCGUAUUGAGCCAAAUCUACGCUUGUGAUAAGGCCAGCAGACUUCAGAUGCCUGGAUUCUCCUCCUGUCUGUCUCUGAACCUUUCCUGAUGGAACUCAAAGGUUAUUCCGGAGGUGCUGGUUUCUAAUAAAGAACAGCAAAAAAAAUAAAAAUAAAAAAUAAAAAAUCAUGUUUAAGGUUCUUACUUUGUGCGGGUGUUCACGCCUGCAGCUUGAGCAUUUACAGUAUUAGAUGAAUUGUUGUACUGUCACCUGGUUAUGGUUCUUGAUGAUUUGUAAUAAAGAUUGAUGAAUCCCCUGUUUUGGUUAACAAAAACUUAAUCUUGGUCAUUGUUUAAGAUGACGUGUGUGUGGUAGUAGACACAAACACACAUGUACACACACACACACACACACGCACGCCCUCCCCUCGUAUAAAAGCUGUUUUUAUUGUGUACCUGUGACAUAUCUGUGACAAUGCAUUAUUAAUGUUACUCAAAGUCCUAGUUUUGAAAAUCGUUUUUUUUUUUUUUUUUUUUACUUAAGUGUUCUUAUUAAAAUGUUUAAUCUGUU